CGGCAGCCGGGGGAGGGCCGGCCCGCUAGCCCGGCAGCGGAGGAGCGAUCGCCGCCACCCCGCCCGCCGGGCGCCAGCCCAGAAGAAGAAGAAGAAGAAGGGCCCUAGACUGGAAGCCAGGACUGGCUGCCCACACUGACCUUGGCCUCCUGCCACCAGUUCUCCCUCGGUUAUCCGCUGCCAUGCCCAACUCGGCGCUGUGGGCGGUGGAUCUCUUCGGGAAGGUGCACACACUCUCCACGGCUGGGCAGUACUGGGAGCCCUGCAAGGACAGCCAGCUGGAGUUCAAGCGCGUCAGCGCGGCCACGCAGUGCUGCUGGGGCAUCGCCUGUGACAACCAGGUCUACGUGUACGUGUGCGCCAGCGACGUCCCCAUCCGCCGCCGGGAGGAGGCCUAUGAGAACCAGCGCUGGAACCCCGUGGGCGGCUUCUGUGAGAAGCUCCUGCCCAGCGACCGCUGGCAGUGGAGUGACGUGAGUGGGCUCCAGCACCGGCCGCUGGACGGGGUGGCGCUGCCCUCGCCGCACUGGGUGUGGGAGUCGGACUGGUACGUGGACGAGAACUUUGGAGGGGAACCCACCGAGAAAGGGGGGUGGACGUACGCCAUCGACUUCCCCGCCACCUACACGAGAGACAAGAAGUGGAAUUCUUGUGUGCGGCGGCGCAGGUGGAUCCGGUACAGGAGAUACGAGUCCCGGGACGCCUGGGCCAAGAUCCCUUCGAAGGAUGACCCCGAGCAACUGCCCGACCCCUUCAAUGACCUCUCUGUGGGGGGGUGGGAAAUCACAGACGAGCCUGUGGGCCGCCUGUCCGUAUGGGCCGUGUCUCUGCAGGGAAAGGUGUGGUACAGAGAGGAUGUCAGCCACCCCAACCCUGAAGGCUCAUCGUGGUCCCUCAUGGACACCCCAGGGGAGGCGGUACAGAUCAGCUGUGGGCCCCACGACCUCCUGUGGGUCACGCUCUGGGAGGGGCAGGCCUUGGUCCGGGAAGGAAUCAACAGGAACAAUCCCAAAGGAAGUUCCUGGUCCAUAGUGGAGCCUCCCACAUCUGAAAAUGGGAUCAUGCACGUCUCCGUGGGAGUCAGCGUGGUCUGGGCCAUCACCAAGGACCGGAAAGUGUGGUUCCGAAGAGGCAUCAACUCGCACAACCCCUGUGGCACCAGCUGGAUCGAGAUGGUCGGAGAAAUGACGAUGGUGAACGUGGGGCUGAAUGACCAGGUGUGGGGCAUUGGCUGUGAGGACCGGGCCAUAUACUUCCGUCAGGGUGUCACCCAGAGCGAGCUCAGUGGGAAAACAUGGAAGGCCAUCGUCGCCAGCCGAGAGUGUGACCGGUCACGCUCUGGUAGCUCAUCGAGUCUCCUCAGUGCCGGCUGCUUCUUCGGCGACGAGGUGAGGGGCAGUGGUGAGUCCUGUGCACCGAGCGACACGGACGCCUCCUCAGAAGCCGAGAGACCAGGUCCAGACCGGCCUGGCCCUGCAGAGUCUGGAGACAGUCCCGGGAAGCCCAGGGACAGCUUGGCCCCGGGCUCAGGCACCGGCAGGACCACAGAGCCCGGCGAGGAGGAGGUCGCUGGCCCUGCCAUUCAGACCCCGGGGCUGGAGCCUUGCCCUGGCCCGGCCUCCACCCUGGCCGAACUGCCCUGGACCAAUAUUGACCUGAAGGAGCCCAGGAGAGCACCCGGCCGCUCAGCUGCUGGCUUUCCAGAGACCACUGGCCUCUCCUCGCUGGGGCUCCUCCCGCUGGGCUUGGAGGAGCCCUACGGGGCCGACGACCACCCCCUCUGGGCCUGGGUGUCAGGAGGAGACUGCGCCGUGGAGGCCCACACCGUGCUCAAGUGGUUCACCGUCCAGUCGGGCCUGUCCCCCUCGAUGCAGACGCUGUCCCUGUCCAUCACGCCGGCCCAGACCGCCGCCUGGCGGAAGCAGAUCUUCCAGCAGCUCACGGAGAGGACCAAGCGGGAGCUGGAGAACUUCCGGCACUACGAGCAGGCGGUGGAGCAGUCGGUGUGGGUGAAGACGGGGGCCCUGCAGUGGUGGUGUGACUGGAAGCCUCACAAGUGGGUGGACGUCCGCGUGGCCCUGGAGCAGUUCACGGGGCUCGACGGGGCUCGGGACAGCAUCCUUUUCAUCUACUAUGUGGUCCACGAGGAGAAGAAGUACAUCCAUGUGUUCCUCAAUGAGGUGACCGUGCUGGUCCCCGUGCUCAACGAGACCAAGCACUCCUUCGCCCUUUACACCCCCGAGAGGACCCGGCAGAGGUGGCCUGUGCGUCUGGCCGCCGCCACCGAGCAGGACAUGAACGACUGGCUUGCCCUGCUUAACCUGUCCUGCUGUGAGAGCCGGAGGGUCCACGGCCGCCCCUCCCCACAGGCCAUCUGGUCCAUCACCUGCAAGGGGGACAUCUUCGUGAGCGAGCCCAGCCCGAACCUGGAGGCCCCCGAGCACGUGCUGCCCUGCGACCAGAUGUUCUGGCGUCAGAUGGGAGGUCACCUACGGGUGGUGGAAGCCAACGGCCAGGGUGUGGUGUGGGGCAUCGGCUACGACCACACGGCCUGGGUCUACACGGGCGGCGGCAGCUGCUUCCAAGGCCUGGCCAGCAGCACCAGCAACAUCUACACACAGUCAGACGUGAAAUGCGUCUACAUCUACGAGAACCAGCGCUGGAACCCCGUCACCGGCUACUCCAGCAGGGGUCUGCCCACCGACCGGUACAUGUGGAGCGACGCCUCGGGGCUGCAGGAACGCACCAAGGCCAGCACGAAGCCCCCGUCCCUGCAGUGGACCUGGGUUUCUGACUGGGCUGUGGACUUCAGCAUUCCUGGGGGCACCGACCAGGAGGGCUGGCAGUAUGCCAGUGACUUCCCUGCUUCGUACCACGGGUACAAAACCAUGAAGGAUUUUGUGAGGAGAAGGUGCUGGGCUAGAAAGUGCAAGCUGGUGACCAGUGGGCCUUGGCUGGAGGUGGGCCCUCUUGCCCUUGCGGAUGUGUCCAUCAUCCCGGAGAGCCCAGGUGCCAACAGAAGUGGGCACAGCAUCGCCCUCUGGGCCAUCAGUGACAAGGGGGAUGUGCUGUGUCGUCUGGGUGUGUCUGAGCUCAACCCCGCGGGCUCCUCCUGGCUGCACGUGGGCACUGACCAGCCUUUCACUUCUGUCUCCAUCGGGGCCUGCCACCAGGUGUGGGCCGUGGCCAGGGAUGGCUCCGCCUUCUACCGGGGCUCCGUGUCCCCUGCCCAGCCGGCCGGUGACUGCUGGUACCACAUCCCGUCCCCCCCCAAGCAGAGACUGAAGCAGGUGUCCGUGGGGCAGACGUCAGUGUAUGCCUUGGAUGAAAACGGAAACCUGUGGUAUCGCCAAGGGGUGACGCCCAGCUACCCGCAGGGCUCCAGCUGGGAGCAUGUGUCCAACAACGUGCGCCAAGUGUCCGUGGGGCCCCUGGACCAGGUCUGGGUUAUCGCCAACAAGGUCCAAGGGAGCCAUAGCCUGAGCCGGGGGACCGUAUGUCAUCGCACAGGGGUGCAGCCUCGAGAGCCCAAGGGGCAAGGCUGGGACUACGGCAUUGGGGGGGGCUGGGAUCACAUCUCCGUCCGGGCAAAUGCCACCAGAGCCCUCAGGGGCAGGUCCCAGGAGAGAGCUGCUGAAUGCAGUGGGGAGCGGGGCCUCCCCGGCGCACCCUCGGGGGUGGCCGGCGUCCCGCAGGAGGCCCCCGGCCUGGUCCGCUGCUGAGGUUGUCUCCUCUCACCUGGAAGGAGGCUUCAUGCAGGUGUGAAGGAUCAAGGAUGAUAAGUGAGCCUUCGCGUCUGAGCCGUUCUUGAACGUGGAUCCUUGAGGGAAGCUGGCCCGAGGUCACAGCCACCUCAGAGGCGCUGGCUGAACCAGCCCAGAAAUGUGAAGCUUUAUGGACGCUCCCUCGGUGUCCCUGUCUGCGAGGAGGGCCAUGGAGUGGGGUGGGGGCCCCUUCAUCCCUGCCUCUCCAGCCUGUCCCUCUCCCCCUCUGCCUCCUGUCUUUCCAGAAAGGGAACCUAGAGCCUGCAGCCUUCCAGGGAAGCUGAACCCAUGAGGCCCUGGGUGUCCCCAGACAGCACAGGGGCACUGCCCCUCGCCCCAAGAAAAUGGCUUAUGGGUCUUGUGGCUACUUUGCCCCAUUCUGUCAUCUUUUCUCAAAGCCGGACUCACGGUUUAAGUUCAAAGGUUCAGCAAGAGUUGACAGCUUGCGAGUGAAGGCUGGGGAGGGGCAUCUUUUUCCCGGGUGGGCACAGGCGCCUUGGCGUGCACGGGGGAAGCUGUCCACGUGCAGAGAACUGUGGGCAUCUGCCCUCAGCCAGCCUUUCCCCCGCUGGCUUUGGGGGCGGCCCCCUUUGUGUCUGAUCACACUGUGUAGGGGCCGCAGGGACAUGGGGUGUGCAGCCCCGAACCCGACACCCCAGGGCAAGAGUCUUCCCAGCCAGGCCAGUAGGAAAGCUCUUUGAAUGAAAACCACCUUUUCUGCUGCUUUUUAUUCAAUUAUGACCCCACUGGCGAAGCCUCAAGUUUGCCUCCUGCAACCGGACACUUUGCCUGGAGGCCGUUAGAAGCCCAAGCCCACCUCUGCUGGUUUGGGAACAGAACCGACGCCAGCCUUCCCUGGGAUUCCAUCAGGAGGGGCCAGCUGUGCAUCCGAUCCCAUUUGGCCACGCAGGGCGUUGUCACCCAAAGGCUGACUUGGAGGAGGUCUCGGCUGAGGUCCCCUCCCCCGCGGGGGCCCUGGAGGGAGCUGAUGGUCUCUGCGCAGCGGUGAAUUCUGCAUGUGGGACCAGGAGGUGUGAGCGUGGGCUGGGGGACGUGGUCCUGUCUGUUUACACGUCACCAUCUGGUUGUCUGCGGAUGGGCCUGGUGGAUUUCUUCUACGGCAGCAAGCAGCGAUCUGCCGACCUGCCCUCCGCUGUCUGCAGCCGCUUUCACCUUGCCCUUGCCCCAGGGCGACCGCGUCCUGCUGAGUGCCCACUGUCUACCUGCUCGCCCCACUGAACCAUCCUGAUUCCUUGGAUGCUCUUUAUUCAGUAAAAACUCACACCAGAGUGUAAA